AGUGGGACUUGUCUUCUCACAGGACCAGCAGCAUGUUACAGUACCUCUACCUGAAGUCAUCUGGCUGAGACAUGCCUUGUUAUCUAGUGAUGUAGUAGCGAUGACUGUCUCUCCAUUCACAAUGGCUCUCUUUUUGGGGUUGUUGCUCUACCGAGCUUCCCCUCUCCACCCCUCCCUUCACAUUACUUCAUCACGGCUUUCUUCUCCUCCUGCCACCAUACCUCAUCUUCUCCCUCCCUCCCUGUGACGCUGGGUAGGGGUGUAUACCGGGGCAGCAGCUCCUGAGACCGCUGCAGAGCCGCAUCUCCUCCGUAUGGUUAGAGGGACAACUGAUCAUCGAUUAAGACAGAUCUAUAUCUUCUAGCAACUUUUGAAUCAAUGUUUUAAAGGCAUAAUUGCACGCGAUUUCCUCCUGGAUGGAUCGGACAUCAAGGCCAUUUCCUGUGUGCGCGAGACUGUUGACAGUUCUUGGGUUGGACCGGAGACUGAAAGAUCAAUGUGAUUGAUCAACCUCCCUGCUCCCUGGAAGACAUCGGGCUGUCGUGGAGCAGCUGGGUAACGGGAGUCGCGUGGGACGGAGAGAAUAACGGACAUUUUAGAUUGAAGCAGCGCACAAAGUGGAAUAAACAUCAAUGUCGUCUACCGACAAUUACUUUUAGGCUACACGGUGCGUGUUUCGGUUUGAUUGGGAAAUGAAGCAGGCCCGGUUUAACGCGGGGAGGAGGGCUCGGUCUGGGCCGUGUGUGUUGCGGCAGGGUUCGAGCGGUGUCGGUAACGUCAUCAGUAACGUCCUGAAGAAAAGGAACGGAAUCUCCCGGAGAGCGCCCCGUCUGCUCUGCACGCUCGAGCCAGGAGUGGACACCAGGUUAAAGUUCACCAUCGAACCUUCUCUGGGCAAGAACGGCUUCCAACAGUGGUAUGAUGCUCUGAAGGCUGUGGUGAGACUUCCUACAGGCAUCCCUAAAGAGUGGAGGAAGAGGGUAUGGCUGACUCUAGCUGAUCAGUACCUCCACAGUAUCUCUAUCGACUGGGACAAAACUCUCCGCUUCGCUUUCAACGAACGCAGUAACCCUGACGAUGACUCACUGGGCAUCCAGAUUGUUAAGGACCUACACAGGACAGGUUGUAGUUCAUACUCCGGCCAGGAGGGGGAGCAGGACCGGGUGGUGCUGAAGAGGGUGCUCCUGGCGUACGCUCGCUGGAAUAAGGCUGUAGGAUACUGUCAGGGCUUCAACGUACUGGCGGCGCUCAUACUGGAGGUUACAGAGGGCAACGAGAGCCACGCACUAAAGGUGAUGAUCUACCUGAUAGACAAGGUGCUACCAGAGAGCUAUUUUGCCAACAACCUGCGUUCUCUGUCUGUGGACAUGGCUGUGUUUAGAGAUCUCCUGAGGAUGAAGCUGCCUCAUCUCUCACAGCACCUACACCUCCUGCAGAAGACUGCUGAUAGAGAGGCUGGAGGCAGCUACGAGCCUCCCCUGACCAACGUGUUCACGAUGCAGUGGUUUCUGACCAUGUUUGCUACCUGCCUGCCCCCCAACACCGUGCUGAAGAUCUGGGACUCUGUGUUCUUCGAAGGUUCUGAGGUUCUGCUGAGGGUGGCUCUGGCCAUCUGGUCUCACCUGGGGGAGCAUAUAGAGUACUGUCAGACAGCAACCCUACAGCACCAUGGGAUGGAUCACUCAGGAGAUGUUGGAGAACAGCCUCAUAGACUGUACCACCUAAUGCAGACUGCAGCCACCUCACGCGGGUUGGAGAACAGCCUCGUAGACUGUAGCCACCUCAUGCAGGUGAGAGAUGUGGAGAGCAGCCUCGUAGACUGUAGCCACCUCAUGCAGACUGUAGCCACCUCACGCGAGUUGGAGAGCGGCCUCGUAGACUGUAGCCACCUCACGCGGGUUGAGAACAGCCUCGCAGACUGUAGCCACCGCGCGGGCUGGAGAGCGGCCUCGCAGACUGUAGCCACCGCGCGGGCUGGAGAGCGGCCUCGCAGACUCCACCUCACGCGGGCUGGAGCGGCCUCAGAGACUGUAGCCACCUCACGCGGGCUGGAGAGCGGCCUCGUAGACUGUAGCCACCUCACGCUGGAGAGCGGCCUCGUAGACUGUAGCCACCUCAUGCAGGUUGGUCAAUGUCCCUACAGCAUCACCCCCUUCCCCACCUCUAACCCCAACGGCAGUGGUGGUCUAGGUGGCUGGGAGGGUGAUGAAGACGAGGAUGAAGAUGAAGCUGCAGUGGUGACAGCAGCGUUGGGAUGUUUGGGUCCACUGGGGGGGCUGUUAGCUCCAGAACUACAGCGGUACCAGAGACACAUUAAAGACCAGCGUGGGGGGGAGCAGGGCGGUAACAUGGCAGACCUGAGUCCCGGGGCGGUGGAUGGUGGCGGCAGGGCGGAGCAUCAGGCGGCCAUCAACAGCAUGCUGCAGGAGAGGAUGAGUACUGACAUCAGCGCUCUGAAGAAACAAUACUCACGUAUCAAGAGACAUCAGCAACAACAGGCCAGGCAGCUGUACAUACACACAGAUAGAUGUCCAGCCACCAGCGUGUUAGCAUCUCAGCUACAUCCUUCUCCUGUCGUCAACCACCUGUUGCUAGGCAGGAAGCCCAGGAACAGCCUGAAACACCCUCUCUCCUCUCCCUCCAGCCUGCGAGGUGUCCCCCUGCCUCAGGCACAGUCCAGCCCUGCCACCCCUGGCCCCGCCCCUAACCCCACCCCUAGCGGGGAGAGGGGGAGGAACAGACUGGUAUCUCAGGCUGAAGACUGUCAGAGCAGGGUGGGGUCCCCCUUGCGUGCCCACGUACGUGCCCACCGCAGGAACAUAGCCCGGGCACGGGUACAGCUAGGGUUUGGAGACAUGGACAGACACCCUCAUCAGGCGGAGGAGGACAGCCACCCUCAUCAGGCGGAGGAGGCCAGCCACCCUCAUCAGGCGGAGGAGGCCAGCCACCCUCAUCAGGCGGAGGAGGCCAGCCACCCUCAUCAGGCGGAGGAGGCCAGCCACCCUCAUCAGGCGGAGGAGGCCAGCCACCCUCAUCAGGCGGAGGAGGCCAGCCACCCUCAUCAGGCGGAGGAGGCCAGCCACCCUCAUCAGGCGGAGGAGGCCAGCCACCCUCAUCAGGCGGAGGAGGCCAGCCACCCUCAUCAGGCGGAGGAGGCCAGCCACCCUCAUCAGGCGGAGGAGGCCAGCCACCCUCAUCAGGCGGAGGAGGCCAGCCACCCUCAUCAGGCGGAGGAGGCCAGCCACCCUCAUCAGGCGGAGGAGGCCAGCCACCCUCAUCAGGCGGAGGAGGCCAGCCACCCUCAUCAGGCGGAGGAGGCCAGCCACCCUCAUCAGGCGGAGCAGGACAGACACCCUCAUCAGGCGGAGGAGAGAGAUGGAGUGGGUGAGGGAAAGGCUGAUGAUGAUGAGGGUAGUCACCUCCCUGUGUCUCCUGCCCAGGCCUCCAGUAAGGAGCAGGUGUUCUCUCUUCCGAGUGUGAAACAGCACAGGAGGUCAGCUGCAGCCCGUAACCUGGGUCUCUACGGUCCCACAGCCAGAACCCCCACAGUUCACUUCCCUCAGCUCAGCCUGAACCGUUCCUCCUCCACUCUCUCCACCAGGAAGCGCUAGAGGCCACGCUUCACUGACUGACUGGCUCUGAACCGUUCCUCCACUCUCUCCACCAGGAAGCGCUAGAGGCCACGCUUCACUGACUGACUGGCUCUGAACCGUUCCUCCACUCUCUCCACCAGGAAGCGCUAGAGGCCACGCUUCACUGACUGACUGGCUCUGGAAAAUAUACAACCUGAUUCUCUCUGAUGGUCUGGAUCUGUGGCAUUGGGACAGGGGACUGUACCUGAGAGGAACAGGCAGGGACAGUAUCAGCUAUGGUCUGAUCCACUGCUGUAGUUAGGCCCUUAACUCUUCACAGUGAAGGUCUCCCCUCUCAACCACUGGGAGAGGAAGAGCUGCUAUGAAACCCACUAUGUUGUAGUCAUCUCCCUGGGUCUGUCUGUCUGAAUGUCAUCAUGGGACAUCUCUGUCCACUCACCUUCUCUUCCAGGUCAAGUUCUCUUCACCAUAACAUAAUAUUGAACCCUUAAAGCUCCUUCCUUCCUCUCAGCCUAUUUCUGUUUCCACUUCCUGUCUGCCUGUUACUUCCUGUCAAUGUCUCUCCACAGUAAGACUCCAUACUGAAAGAUCCAUAGACCAUAUCAUGCCAAUGGAUCUGAUUGAAUUGUUCUCUACAGUCUACCAUGGAUCUGAUUGUAGUGUUCUCUACAGUCUACCGUGGAUCUGAUUGUAUUGUUCUCUACAGUCUACCGUGGAUCUGAUUGUAUUGUUCUCUACAGUCUACCAUGGAUCUGAUUGUAUUGUUCUCUACAGUCUACCAUGGAUCUGAUUGUAUUGUUCUCUACAGUCUACCAUGGAUCUGAUUGUAGUGUUCUCUACAGUCUACCGUGGAUCUGAUUGUAUUGUUCUCUACAGUCUACCAUGGAUCUGAUUGUAUUGGAUCUGAUUGUAUUGUUCUCUACAGUCUACCAUGGAUCUGAUUGUAUUGUUCUCUACAGUCUACCAUGGAUCUGAUU